UAUUUCUGCGAGGAGGUAUUUCUCGCAGCCCCGCCAGGCUCGGAGUGACAACAAAAACAAACAUGGCGGUCCGAGCUCCAGCCGCCUGCACUGUUAUUUUUGCGAUUCUCAGCCAGUAUGUCGUCCAGGCAUGGGAAGAGUACUAUCCCGUGCGUGGCAUCCUCAACAGCCGCCCAAAUGCGUCCAGCCAUGAGUCAGACAAGUACUGCGUCCUCUUCUACAGAGCCAUCACCAAACUUGCUGCGGACGAAGACUCUGCGUUGUACCGGCCAGUGUUUGAUGCACUGGAGUGGAAUGUGUGUGAAGAGCCGCCUCCUACCACUGCCGACCUUAAGGACAGGUUCAUCUUUAUAUCCUCUGACGACAACUGCUCAGCCUUGGAACGAGCCAGCAGAAUACAGAGUCUUGGUGGUGCUGGCACCCUCAUAGUGAAGGAGAACACAAAGGGUUCUCUCAACCCCCUCAGUGAGAAUGAAACCCAUUAUAACUUCACCUUGGCAUUCCUCCACAACUCCAGCUACACGCACAUCAUGGAUGCCGGGGACGAGGUGACUGUGGGCCUGUAUUCCCCCGAAGCCUCGCCGCUGCCCCUCAGUUUGCUGGUGAUCUGGGUGCUGGCCAUGAUUUCUGUCUCUGUUGGUGCCUUCUGGUCCGGCAAAGUCCGCCACAAGCUGAGAGAAGUGAUGGUGGAGGGGGAUCGGUCAGCGCACGACAGGGUGGGAGCACCAGCGUACCUGAGUGAGAGGGCGAGUGAGCCAGGCGUAGGGGGGGAGGAGUUGCGUGACGGAGGGAUGCCCCGAGAAGAAGCCUCCAUGAACCUGUCGCCCCUCAGCAUCCUCGGUUUUGUGAUGCUCAUGUGCCUCAUGCUGCUCAGCCUCUACUUCUUCUUCGACUACCUGGUGUAUGUGAUCAUCGCCAUGUUCUGCAUUGCCUCCUCGGUGGCCGUGUUCUCCUGCCUCCACCCCAUCGUGUCCCGCAUCCCCUGUGGCACGUGCAGGACUCCCUACUUCAACAUUUAUCUGGUGCGUGGAACACUGGAGCUGCGCCAGAUCCUGCUGCUGCUGUUCUCCAUUGGGGUGACAGUGGUGUGGGUGGUCAUGCGCAAGCAGCCCUGGGCCUGGAUCCUGCAAGACAUCCUUGGGAUUGCAUUCAGCAUCAACGUGCUGAAGCUGAUCCGAUUACCAAACCUGAAGAUCUGCACCAUCCUCCUCAGCGGCCUGGUGGUGUACGACAUCUUCUUUGUCUUCAUCACUCCCUUCAUAACAUCAGACCAGAAGAGCAUCAUGGUGGAGGUGGCCAAGGGUGGGUCGAGCCAGGAACAACUUCCCAUGGUGCUGAAGGUUCCUGAUUUCUCUGAGAUGGAGAUCGCCACAAUAUGUCAACCCUCCGAUAACUACAACCUUCUGGGCUUUGGCGACAUCCUGAUUCCUGGCCUCCUGGUGGCAUUCGUGCACUCUUUUGACCUUCAAGUGGGCACCCCUUACCACCUCUACUACCUGGUCAAUAUUAUAGGUUAUGGCACAGGGCUAGUGGCCACCUUCAUCGCCCUGUGGCUGCUGAGUCGUGCCCAGCCAGCCCUCCUCUACCUGGUGCCCUUCACCCUCAUCCCCACCCUGAUCACUGCCCUCAUCCGGGGGGAGUUCAAGGCCAUGUGGUCAGGUGAUGCGGACAAGGUUGGAGGUGAGGGUGGCAAAGGGAAGGGGGGCCCCAAAGGAGGUAGGUUGCCCUGCACCUUAGCCUUGGUCAGUGUUGUCAUGAAUGUGGGCAUUGUAGUGUCUCGUGGGGAACUGUUGCUUAGUCUGUGUGCCUAGGCUCAACCUGCAUACAACUUGACACAAUCCAUGUCCUCUCACUAGGCCUAUCUUUAUGUAAGAACAUAAGAACAUAAGAACGUUUGAGUCUGCAAGAGGCUGGUAGGCCUGUACAAGGCAGCUCCUUUGAACCUAAGCUCCCGUGU